CAGCAGGGCCUGCAAGGCAUGGGCUGGCCCAGCCCAGACUCCUCUAGCCAGCCCUGGUCAGGAGCCAGCAAAGGUGGGAGAAGGACUUGGGGAACAGAGAGAUCCUGAGAGAAGGAUGCUACAGCUGAGCCUGUCCUGGCUGGGCCUGGGGCCUGCAACAGCUUCCCUGUGGCUGUUCCUACCCCUGGCGGGGGCCUCCUGCCUCCUGGCUUACCUCCUGAGCCAGGCUUACGCUGUCUACGAAAUCUCCCACCGCCUUCGCUGUUUCCCUCAGCCCCCCAAACGAAACUGGCUCUUGGGUCACCUGGGCCUGAUCCAGAGCUCGGAGGAAGGGCUCCUGUACGUCCAGAGCCUGGUGCGGACCUUCAGGGAUGUGUGCUGCUGGUGGGUGGGGCCAUGGCAACCCGUCAUCCGCAUAUUCCACCCUGCCUUCAUCAAGCCUGUGCUCUUGGCUCCAGCUUCAGUUGCUCCCAAGGACACAGUCUUCUACAGUUUUCUGAAGCCCUGGCUGGGAGAUAGCCUCUUGAUGAGCGCUGGUGACAAGUGGAGCCGCCACCGGCGCAUGCUGACACCCGCCUUCCAUUUCAACAUCCUGAAGCCAUAUGUGAAGAUUUUCAACGCCAGCACCAACAUCAUGCAUGCCAAGUGGCAGCGCCUAGCCUCCAAGGGAAGCGCCCGCCUGGACAUGUUUGAACACAUCAGCCUCAUGACGCUGGACAGUCUGCAGAAGUGUGUCUUCAGCUUCAACAGCAACUGUCAGGAGAAGCCUAGUGAGUACAUCGCUGCCAUCUUGGAACUUAGUGCUCUGGUGGCCAGAAGGCACCAGAAGCUGCAUCUGCACGUGGACCUGUUCUAUCACCUCACCCGGGACGGGAUGCGCUUCCGGAAGGCCUGCCGCCUAGUGCAUGACUUCACUGAUGCCGUCAUCCAGGAGCGGCGCAGCACCCUCCCCGAUCAGGUCGAUGAUGAUGUCCUCAAGGCCAAGGCCAAGGCCAAGACUUUGGACUUCAUUGACGUGCUGCUGCUGAGUAAGGACGAACACGGAAAGGCACUGUCUGAUGAGGACAUCCGAGCAGAGGCCGACACCUUCAUGUUUGGAGGCCACGACACCACGGCCAGUGGGCUCUCCUGGAUCCUGUACAACCUGGCAAGGCACCCGGAAUACCAGGAUCGCUGCCGGCAGGAGGUGCGGGAUCUCCUGAGGGGCCGUGAGCCUGAGGAGAUGGAAUGGGACGACCUGGCGCAGCUGCCCUUCCUCACCAUGUGCAUCAAGGAGAGUCUGCGGCUGCACCCCCCGGUCAUGGCUAUCUCCCGUUGCUGCUCUCAGGACACUGUGCUCCCAGACGGCCGGGUCAUCCCCAAAGGUGUCAUCUGCAGAAUAAGUAUUUUCGGGACACAUCACAAUCCCGCUGUGUGGCCUGACCCGGAGGUCUACAACCCCUUCCGAUUUGACGCAGACAACGCCGAGGGCAGGCCAUCCCUGGCUUUUAUUCCCUUCUCCGCAGGGCCCAGGAACUGCAUCGGGCAGACUUUUGCCAUGAGCGAGAUGAAGGUGGCGCUGGCGCUGACGCUGCUGCGCUUCCGCGUCCUGCCAGACAGCGAGGAGCCGCGCCGGCAGCCGGAGCUGAUCCUGCGUGCAGAGGGCGGCCUGUGGCUGCGGGUGGAGCCGCUGAGCACGCAGUGACCCCACACCUGGCCUGGAACCCCAACUCUCUACCCCCCCCCCCCCCGCACAUUCCCAACAAUAAAAGUCUUGGUCGCCCGUGUCUGAGCUUCACCAAACAUCAGCAGAGAGCCUCUAGAGUCCAGGUGGCGCGCCUCCGGUGAGCCACAGGCAGCCAUGGAAGGUGUUUGAGAAGUAGAGAGGGACAGGUCGGAUUUAAGGGACAGGAAGAUUAAUAUUGAUUGUUACCCAGGAGGCAAGGCUCUGGGCACACCUGUGAGGGGUUCCCUGGAUUAAGUCAACUGAGGUGGAACGAUCCGUCGUAACUGUAGGUGGCGCCAUUACCGAGUUUGGGUUCUGUGUUGAAUAAAAAGGAAAAAGCUAGACUGACAGGUUAAGGUCAAGGACUCGGGUUCGGCUCCCAGCAUCCACAUGGAGGCUCACAACCGUCUGUGACUGCAGUUCCAGGGGGUCCCAAGUCCUCAUCUGCCUCCACAGGCACCAAGCAAGCGUGCAGCGUAGGCAAAACACCCACAGACUUUUUUGAGAGCUUACAGUUCCAGAGGGUGAAUCCAUGACUCGCAUGGUGGCAGCAGGCAGGCACGGUGCUGGAGAGCUUAUAUCUCAUCCACAAGCACGAGGUAGAGAGAGCGAACCUCUUAAGUCCGUCCGAGUGUCUCCCGCCCCACUCGGUGACACACCUCCUCCAACAAGGCCACUGAAUUAGUCAGGAUUCUUCAGAGAAACAUAACUUACAGACCGAAUACAUAUAAAAUGAGAUUUAUCAGAGUGGCUCACAGGCUGUGGCCUGACUGUUCCAACAAUGACUGUCUACCAAUGGGAAGUCCAGGGGUCCAAUAGUCGCUUGGUUUAUGAGGCGGGAUGUCUCAGCUGGUUUUUCGUAUAUGCUGGAAUCUUGAAGAAGUAGGCU